UAUUGUGGCUUCUGCUGCUUUUAAGGUGUCUGGACCUGCUGGGUGGUUGUGGUCUAGCUGUGCGGGGUUCCCCGGGCCUGAGCCCUGGUUCCAGCCUAGCUUCCCGCAAUGUCUGUGGCCUUCGUACCAGACUGGCUGAGAGGCAAGGCACAAGUCAACCAGGAGACGAUCCAGCGGCUCCUGGAGGAGAAUGACCAGCUGAUCCGCUGUAUCGUGGAGUAUCAGAACAAAGGCCGGGCGAAUGAGUGCGUCCAGUACCAGCAUGUGUUACACAGAAAUCUCAUUUAUUUGGCUACCAUUGCAGAUGCCAACCCAACCAGUCCUUCAAAAGUAAUGGAGUGAUCGCCCAGCCGACUGUCGUGAGGAGUAAUUGAAUGUAAUCCAUUUCCUGUGAAACGGGGACGGGAUCUUGAGCAAUGCAGCUGCUGAAAACAUGAAGGAAACCCUUGUGGCUCCUUUCAAAGUGGGAAAAUGUAAAGGAAGCUACUAAAUUAACUGUAUUUCAAUGUAAAUAUUUAUUUUUCAUAAUGAAGCAGAUUCCCCCAAU